AAGUAAACAUCGCAGCCAUAUUGGACGACCUUAAUGCAGAGAACCAUCCUGAAAGACCGACUCUGUUUUUAACACAGUGGCCCGCUCUUCUCAAGAUUGAUUCAGUAGUCGCGGACAUUUUCCUUAAGUUUACAUUUAUCCAGGGAAGCUGCCUUGAAAGACCCGCGGCCCACGAUGGCGCCGUUGAACGACAUGGAAACUUUCCGCUGUCAGACGGCGCUCAUCAUGGAGGUGGCGGUGGAGUCGGCCGUGUGUGCCCUCCAGCAGAGCCUCGGAGGGAGACAGCAGGCUGCUGGUGACGAAGAGCUGAAGCUUCAGCUGACUGCCAUCUUGAACAUGAUGGCAAGGGAGGCUGUUCGUAAAAUCUGCAGCAUCUUCAGCGAGCUGUGUGUGAGCUUGUCGAAAGAGAAGGCGGCCUUGAAGGGCAAAGUGGAACAACUGGAGGCUGAGCUAAGCACCAAGAACAAGCAAACAUCUGCUAAGAAAACGAAUGGAGCCACCAUCUCUGUAGACUCAAAGCGACCAGAUGCCAGCCCCAUGAUGCUCGCUAUGGCCAUUCUCAACAAAGCCAAAGAAUCCUCCAACAAAGCAAGCAGCAGUCCUCAGCUGCCUCUGGUCAUCAUCAGGUCGCCCAUUGUCCUGCCCGGUGGUCCAGCUUCCUCCGUGCAGACGCCAAAUCAGUCUGCCAACAACCCACAGUCUGACCUGCUUCUAGAGGUCAACCAGGAUAAAGAUCAGUCCUGCAGCGUGACGUCACUUCCUGCGUUGGAUGAUCAGCUGGCGUGUGAGACAUUGGGGGCAGCAGAAGAAGAAGAUUCCCAUGAAGCAAUGGAGGCUGAGGAUGCAGAACAACAGAUUAUAGUGAAAACAGAAGAGCAGAUGGUGGCUCUCGCUCAUCAAGCUGCUGUCAGUGGUGAGGACCAGAAGGAGGAGGAGAAGAAGAGGAGGAGGGAGCUGUACAAGCAGAAGAGGUUCUUCUGUGAGCUCUGCAACAAAGGGUUCCAUCAGAGGCACCAGCUGAGGAUGCACGUGUCCCGUCAUGUCAAGCCCUUCCCCUGCACGCUGUGCGAUAAAGGCUUCUACAAGGCCAAAACCCUGCAGAAGCACCUGCUGGGCCACCAGUUGAAGGACGCCCAGGAGCGCGACCCUGACAAGAUGCUCGCCUGCGACCAGUGCGACAAAAAGUUCAGACUCGCACGGCAGCUGCGAGUCCACCAGGCCGCCCACCACCGGGAAAAGACACCUCUGCAGUGCGGAACAUGCGAGCGCACCUUCACUUCCUCUGCCAUGCUCCGCUACCACGAGGUGACUCACGCCGAGGUCAAGCCCUUCAUGUGUGACUUCUGCGGGAAAAGCUUCCUGAGGAAGAAGAACCUCCGUGAGCACCAGACAGUCCAUACGGGCGCACGGCCUUACCCGUGCCCGACCUGUGGCAAGAUGUUCUCCACCGCCGGCAACCUCAGAGCCCAUAAAAGGUCGCACUCAGAGGACCGGCCCUUCAAAUGCACCGAGUGCGACAAGGCCUUCAAGAAUCGCAUGGGCCUGCUGCAGCACCGAAUCGUCCACUCAGGGGAAAAACCCUUCAUGUGUCAGACAUGCGGGAUGAGAUUUGGUCUCAAGUCCAACUUCCAGAGACACCAGCGCCUCCACAACGGAGAAAAACCCUACAGGUGCACAAAAUGUGGAGAAGGCUUCUCCGGCACCUGGGCUCUGAAGUCCCACAUGCUGGUUCACGGCAUGGAGAAACCCUUCAUGUGCGACCUGUGUGGGAAGACCUUCUUCUACAACUGUUUGCUGCAGAAGCACCAGCUGCUGGUCCACGAGAAUGAGGACCGCAUGAAGGUCGGGGGCGUGUCCAGGAGGAGGCAACGGCGGCCGUCGGGCAUGAAGGCGUUCAGCUGCAAGACAUGCACAAAGAGCUUCAGCAGCAGCAGCACUCUGCGCAAUCAUGAGAAGAGCCACGCCGACGUCAAGGAGUUUGUGUGCGAGACCUGCGGCAAGGCCUUCCACCUCCGCCACCUCUACGUCUACCACAUGAGGCAGCACAGCGACGAACGGCCGCACGUCUGUGCCUUCUGCCAGAAAGGUUUCAUGCUGGUGUCGCAACUCAGGCAGCACGAGCUCUUGCACACAGGCGUCAAGCCUCACAAGUGCCAGCAGUGUGGCAAGGCCUUCAGGACAACACAGAACUACCACCGUCACCUGCGGGUCCACACGGGAGAGAAGCCCUACGAGUGCGUCAUGUGCAGCAGAAAGUUCAGACAGUCUAACCAGCUGAAGUCGCACAUGCAGAUCCACACAGGCAUCAAGCUCUACUCCUGUCAGAGCUGUGGGCGGGGCUUCUCCGACUCCAGGCAGUUCAAGAAGCAUAGCUGUGGUGACAAUCUGCAGAACUCGAUUGUUUCGGGAAGCAAACAUAAGAAACAGAAGAAUGUUUUCCCAUGGAGCGAGGGCUUUGUGAAUGAAUGAUUUUUCCUUAUUAUAUGUACGAGUGACGAUAUCACAGCCGCUUCCAGCCAAUCAUAGUCCAGUAGAAGACUGUGGCAAGGAAUGGACUGCACAACCUAAUUGCAAAAUCAAAGCUAAGUUACAAACACAUCAGCACAAAACCCAAUAGAAAUAUGUUGCUAAAUGUCAGAUUGUCGAUUUACUGAGCUGGUAUGAUGCUCUUUUGUUGAGGUAUAAUUUCUACAAAUAUGUAAAUAUGACUGUCUAUGUUGCAUAAUUACAUGAUUUCCAUGUUAACUAAAUAAAAAAAAAUUAAUGGCGUGAUGUGCGAAAUUCAUAAUAAAAAUCAUUUCAAUCGUA